AUGGGCAUUUUCUCUCGUCGUCCGCGAGAUGGCGCUGUAGCCCCUGAUAGACAUGCGACUGCCGCCUCCCAUCAGAAGACCAGUCAUCAUGAUCAUUCAACCAGAGCUCCACUUAACCUCGAUUAUAGUCGGCGACCAACUUUUGGACAUUGGAUUAGGGGCACUUGGCUGGAUGUCGUCUCGAUGGCAGUUAUGGGAGCAAUCGGCCUCGGCGUCUAUAUGGCUCACCCUGCCCCGACUCGAUCCUUCGCCGUCACCUUCCAAGACGGGGAAGUUGUCUAUCCUGACUUUGCCUAUCCCAUGCGCAAGAACAUCAUCCCCAUCUACGCAGCUGCCCUUCUCGCUUCUCUCGUCCCGAUUUUCAUCAUUCUCUGCAUGCAGGUCCGAGUCCGGUCGUUCUGGGAUGCCAACAAUGCUAUCAUCGGUCUCCUUUACUCUCUAAUCUCAGCCGCCGUCUUCCAAGUUUUCUUGAAGUGGCUCAUUGGGGGUCUUCGCCCUCAUUUCUUGGCUGUUUGCAAGCCCAACAUUGACUUAGCGGAGGUUGGAACCGGCUACCAGCAGAUCAUGUAUGACCGAAGUAUAUGCACAGGUGACGGGGACGAGAUUGAUGAUUCUCUGGAAUCAUUCCCUUCGGGACACUCCACUGCCGCAUUCGCGGGCUUCGUCUUCCUCUAUCUUUACCUCAACGCCAAGCUGAAGACCUUCUCUAAUCACCACCCGGCAAUGUGGAAAUUGAUCGCAACAUACGCUCCCAUUCUUGGUGCCACCCUAAUCGCUAGCUCCCUCACCAUCGAUGAGUAUCACAACUGGUACGAUUGUCUUGCUGGCGCUAUCAUUGGCACCGUGUUCGCGUUCAGCUCUUAUCGAAUGGUGUAUGCAUCGGUUUGGGACUUCCGCUUCAACCACAUCCCGCUGAACCGCACCGAGCCAUUCACCUACGGCAUUGGCCAAGGUACACUUGCCAACGCUGUCUUCACACGAAAAGCUGGAUGGGGAGUCGAUGAGGGUGGCUUUGGAGGCGCUCCUUUCGAUGCUUCUGGCUUGGCCGGUGAAAUAGGGAAUGGCCACGGAUUUGCUAGCCCUCAUCAUAAUGGAACUGCAACUGGUGGUAUAAUCCCAAAUGGUAAUCAUCGCCAUGGACAUCAUCCCACCUCAAGCAUCGGCCGCCGGCCUGUUGGUGCCACGGACGCCACCCACAUGGUCUAA